CUCACAGAUACACAUAACACAUCAGAGUCAUUUCAGUGGGAAUCUCAAAGGAGUUGGACAAGCAGGAAAAAGGUUCUCUUCAUUAUUCAGGAUAAAGAUGUAUAGGUCAGCAAGAGUGUCAGCAAAUUCGCGAUUCCUGAACCCAUGGGUAGUGUUCUUCACGGUCGUUGCAGUGGUGGGGAUCGUGGCCAUGAUUGUAGGACUACUCAUUCACUUCUUAGCUUUUGAUCAAAAAUCUUGCUUUUACCACAGUAAUGUUCGAGUAAUGAAUGUUGAAUACAAUGAUCAGUUAAGUUCACCAGGUACACAAGAAUACAGAAUUCUGACUGAAAGAAUCGAGUCUAUGAUUACUAAUGCAUUCCAACAGUCAAAUUUAGGAAAUCAGUUUAUCAGAGCCCAUGUUGUCAGACUGAGGCAAGAGGGUAGCAAUGUGAUGGCAGAUGUCGUCAUGAAGUUUCGAUUCAGUAGACGUAGCAAUGCAGAAUCAAUGAAAAGCAGAGUUCAGUCUAUUUUACAACAAGUGCUGAAUAACUCUGGAAACCUGGAAAUAAGCCCUUCAACCGGGAUAACAACAUUAACUGACCAGGAUACUGAAAAUAUGUUGACUCAAGCAUGUGGGGUCCGUCCAGACCUGAUGACACUGUCUGCAGAGCGAGUCAUCGGAGGCACUCAAGCGGAGGCAGGUGACUGGCCCUGGCAAGUCAGUCUGCAGGUUAAUGGUGCUCACCGCUGUGGAGGGGUCCUGAUCAGCAACCUGUGGGUCCUGACCGCAGCUCACUGCUUCAGAAGCUACCCUAAUCCUCAGCAAUGGACGGCCACCUUUGGUGUUUCCACAAGAACUCCUAGACUGAGAGUGAGAGUGAGGACUCUUUCAAUCCACAAUAAUUACACACCUGCAACUCAUGAGAAUGACAUUGCAGCCGUGCAGCUGGAGAGGGCUGUCACCUUCACCCGAGAUAUCCACCGAGUAUGUCUCCCCGCAGCCACCCAGAGUGUCACCCCUGGUUCCACUGCUUACGUAACAGGAUGGGGCUCGCUAACCUAUGGUGGCAGCACAGUCCCAUAUCUACGGCAAGGAGAAGUCCAAAUAAUAAGUACUAAUGUGUGUAACUCACCGGAAAGUUAUGAUGGCGCCAUCUUGCCUGGGAUGCUAUGUGCUGGACUACUUACAGGUGCAGUGGACGCAUGCCAGGGAGAUUCUGGUGGCCCGCUAGUCCAGGAAGACUCACGGCGGCUCUGGUUCCUGGUGGGGAUAGUGAGCUGGGGCUAUCAGUGUGGCGUGCCGAAUAGGCCAGGAGUGUACACUCGAGUGACAACCUACCGUGACUGGAUUAGACAAGUAACGGGGGUCUAGUGCAAUAAAUGCGUUUCUGUCACAAAGUGGUUAAGUGCAAUAAAGGCAUCUCUGUUGCAAAGUCUGUACACAGGUUUACCCGUCUAAAAUUCCAAAAUUUUUCUUUUCAGCAGAAAAAUAAAACUGUAAUUGUUAUAUUUUUACAUAGUUACAAAAUACAGUAGAAUAAAGCAUUAUUUAAUCUUUUAUUACUAUAGAUUUUAUAUUUUCUCAGGAGAAGCACAUGAAUAUUGUGUAGUACUAUGGCCAUAUGACAGGGGUAAACUAGUUGUAGAGUUUACAGCUUUAUGAUAACUGUAUGUGCUAUUAGUAAGAAAGAUAGAUACCAUGAGAAUGUCUACUAUAGCUGUCUAGGCGAGUCUCAAGGGUAGGAAGAAGGUGUCUGAGGGUUGCUUAUUGAAGCUGAUAAGUGAGGUAAGAGUAGAAACUUGAGGAAAAAAAGAGAGGCAAAAUAACAUUUAAAACGUAUAGGAUGAUGCAAGAAAAAUGAUACUUAUUUAGAAUUUCUGUUAUUCAGUAUUUUAUAGGCUAUGUCACAAAGUUUAAAAAGUGAAAUCAUUGUACUGUCUUAAUUAUCCUGUAAAAACAUGCCCUCAUAGGAACUCUCGGAUGAAUUUCAGAUAUUUGGAAAUUAAAAUAGUUUAGCCCUCACCAAAGGAAUUAUAGUUUUGAUGAUGAGUUUACUUUAGACUAUCUUUUACCUACAUAGAAGAGAAACUGUAUCUCAUCCAGAGAAAAGCUCAGGGCGUACACCUGCACACCGUCUCAGGUACCCUUCUACCUACACUGUACAGUAUUAACAACUGAGCAAAAGUGAGUUAGAGAUUGGAUCACCUGGAAGAAUUCCCCUGAAGCGACUUCCCACCACUGGCAGUUAUUUUUGAGAGUAGAAGGACCCUUAAUAGCUAAAUCUAAGUAGUGAAUUGAAAAUUAAAUAGGAAAAAAGGGAGAAGAAUUGGUUUGCAAAAAGAAGGUGUAAAGAGCUUAAUAUCAAUAAAAUCUUCUUGGGAAGAGAAGAAUCUCUCUCUCUCUCUCUCUCUCUCUCUCUCUCUCUCUCUCUCUCUCUCUCUCUCUCACACAC